AGCGUGGUGUUUCUUUCGGGGAAAUGUGGGACUCAACAAUGAGCUCCUCGACCUGAAAUGUUGCUGGGAUACUGCAGUGUUUUAGCUAGCGAGUGGCCUGGAAGCAGUGGGGGUAGAGAACAGGGGAGGGUCUACGGAGUGGGAAUGGUGCUGAUCGGGGUUACCGAACUGUGUUGUGAUCGUAUUACAGAAGAGAGGGAAAGGUUGUCCGUAAUGGCACAUCGCUAACGCACAGCAAGACUGAGGGCUGCCACAUUGGAUUUUCCCACCGAGAGGAUUUUGCACCAGUCGUUAUUUUAGCUAGGUUUGUGAAGACGGUACGGAGCUGCCACCAUGUUAUCUGAAUGGAUCUUCGGUAACUGCGGGAUACACAAAUAAGAGUGAAAAUCAAAAUAACGUUAGCUGCUUGUCUGCGGCUGGGUAGCCCCUGAAGGCUAACGUUGCCUCUUACUAUGGCCGAAUGUUCAUCCGAACUGGACGCCAAGGCAAUGUGCGUGAAAACACGUAUUUGUAUAGUUUAUGGAAUGUAGUGGUCAUGGUAGAUAUGAUUGUCGUCAGUCCGUCAUCUAAUUGUAACAAUCAAAGAUUUUAGCGAAAUUCAUUGCAGUUAGAUUUACCUCCAUUACAGCGGAUGGUCUCAACAGCUGGAGGUUGGAUUACUGUUUCUCUGUGCUGGAUAUAAUGUUUCAGUAUAGUGACACUCCGCGUGCAUCUAUAAAAAUAUCCAAGGAUUGGGCUGUGGUCAUGUGCAUCUAAAAGAGUUUGCAGUAUUUUGAUCCUCUUGUUGGCGGCGUAUUUCGUGAACACGUCAAUCCAGGCGUGCCCAUAGUGCCAUAUUGUGCGAAGGAAAGUAAAAGUAUCAUCAAUCAUGUUUUCGGUCCGCAUUGUCAAUGCUGAUUAUUACAUAGCUAGUCCUAUUAAGGAUUUGGACGUGUGCUAUUCGGAAUUCAGAGAAAGUGGAGUGAAGAAGGUGCCUGUUGUCCGAAUCUUCGGCGCAACACCUGGUGGCCAGAAGACGUGUCUGCACCUCCAUGGCAUCUUCCCUUACAUCUACAUCCCCUACGACGGCCACGGCCAGCAGCCCGAGCGCUACCUGCGCCAGGUGGCCUUCAGCAUCGACAGGGCCCUCAACGUCUCCAUGGGCAACCCCUCUUCCAACGCCCAGCACGUCUUCAAGGUGACGCUGGUGUCUGGCAUGCCUUUCUAUGGGUACCACGCCAAGGAGAAGCGGUUCAUGAAGAUCUACCUGUACAAUCCUCAAAUGGUUAAGAGGGUGUGUGAGUUGCUCCAGGGAGGAGCAGUCAUGAACAAGAGCUUCCAGCCGCACGAGGCCCACAUCCCCUACCUGCUUCAGCUCUUCAUCGACUACAACCUUUACGGCAUGAACCUCAUCAACCUGGGAGCCGUCAAGUUCCGCCGCUCCGCACGCAAAGCAGCAGAGGCCUCAAGCAGUGAGGGCCCCAGCAACAGGAGCCUGGGGAGCCCCUGGAAAAGCCCUGUCACCUCCACACUCUCUGAGAGCGUGCUGGGGGGAACGUUCAUGCGCUGGGACGAGGACGCUCUACCCUGCUCUCUGGUCCUGGAGGAGGUGACCAAGCAGAGUACGUGUGAGCUAGAGGUGGACGCAGUUGCCAUAGACGUCCUGAAUCGCCUGGAGAUUGAGAGUCAGAUUGGGAGGAACCCGGGACUGCAGGCCAUCUGGGAGGACGAGAAGCAGAGGAGAAGAGAGAAGAACGAGUCUUCCCAAAUUGAAACCCCCGAAUCCCAGGACCGCGGGCUGCUAGACGCCGUGGAGAGUGAGAGAAUCUUCAUGAAGAGGUUCAAGGAGAUUCUACGUGAAAAUGAAUUCAAUGUGACCCAAUCUGGCAUGGGAGGUGACAGCGAGGGGGACGAGCCCUUCCCUGGUCUCUCACUACACCCAGAUGUCCUGACCCCAGAGGACCUGCUGGCUCCUCCUGCCAGCCAGGUAGAGAUGCACAGGGACACACCAACAGACACCAAGAGACCUGGUGGGAGGGAAGCUGACUCGGCUAUUGUGGAUGAAGAAGCCAUCCUUAGUCUACUGGAGAACAGCCAGACCUUCCUUCCCCUCUCGCAGACAUCCAACCAGUCUGUCCUGGAGAACAGUCACGACAGGGUCUUGGAUGAACUCCUGGCUGGGCUUGAGGACUCAAGGUUUCAGGCUGACCUGGGCAGGCAGGCCACUUUUGCCAACAGUGGGAGCUGUCCCUACAACAGCGACGAGGAAGAGGAGGCGCCUGAGCUGGAGAGGGAGGAGGCUGAGCUCAGUAUGCUGAUGUCGCAGAGAUGGGAUAAUGACAUUCUGGAGCACUCUUCUAGUCAAAGACUCUGUCUGAAGGACAAGGGGGAGAGCUCCAGUGAGGAGCCGCAGGACUCUUCAGAGGAGGAGAUGGACUGGAGUGGAAACAGCUCCCUCUAUGACUUGUCCAUACCCCAGUUGGAUGGCGCUGCCGAUGAUAACAGUGGUGAAUUGCAUCCACCGAAAGACAGAGCCUGCCGAGGAAUGCAUUCAUCACUGACUGCUACUGAUCAGAUCCUUGCCAAGCUGAAUCCCUUUCAAAGUGAUGCCGUCCACAUGGAGCCCCCAUCUUCAGCCAAAAUCCUCCUGGAGUGCAAACACCCUGAGCACAGGCAGGCCCUGGCCCUUGAAAGAGAGGAAUCGUUAGACAAGCACUUUAUCUCGAAAGGCUCCAUCAGCCAGGAGAGCAGUGAAUGUUCAACUGGGUUUAAAGUUAAUAAAGAGAUACCUUACAUUCAGCCGGUCAAACACCCCAUUCCCUGCAGCAUGGCCAAUAGGGCAGAGGUGUCCACGAUUGGUGUGGACAAAAUGGCUGUGCACCCCCUAUACAACUAUGAAAACAGUGCCAUUGCCCUUAACAAGUCAGACCCAGACAGCCUACCCUUUGGAAGUGGAAAAAUCACUCAGAGUAGGAAAAAAUACAGCAGUAUUAAAAACAUGGAAAAGAACCACUUGUCUCUUCUCCAAAACCACAGGAGCUUCUCAUUGUGUUACUCAGAGUUAAUGAGCUGCCCCACAACAGCAGACAUUGAAUUGAGCCAGAAAGAUUGUAAGAGUCCUGUGCCAAGGAGUGUGGAGCAGGCAUCAAGUCCCUUGGAAGAGGGCAUGCUCCUUGAUCCCCAGGAAGGUGAGAUGGGCAGUGAUGGAGAGGAGGGAGAUGUCGGCGAGCUGAAAAUCAGGUAUGAGGAUUAUCAGGAGAACAAGACGGAACGAACCAUUGUGGCACAGCAGGAGGCCCACUAUAAGUUUUUCCCAAGUGUCAUACUCUCAAACUGCCUCACCAGACCAGCAAAAAAGAAUGUAAUGAGUAAACCUGGGGAUGGUUCUGGAAAACCCAGUCAGCCAGAGCAGAGACGGUCAAGGCUAAGUAAAAAGGCAUCCCGUACUGCCACCCAGAGGAAAGAUAAUGUGUUAGACAGCCCCACCUCUGAUAUCCAACCUCCAAAAGAUGACACAGAUUUGACAACAAUUACACCUGUGUGUCCGAAGAACAAGGAAACUAAUGAAGAGCCAGAAAUGGAGACAUCAGAACCUAAGACUGAAGGCCAUGUACCUAACGAACCAGUCAAAGCUCCCAUUGAAGACAAACUCCCACCACUCACUGAGCUACCAGCCAAAGUAGGUUGCACCAAAGUGUCAAGUUUGCCUGGUAGCAAAUACACCUUGAGGGCAAAGCGGAAAAUGAGCUAUGACAGUGAGGAUGGAGAGCACUCUAGUGCUGCUGUAAAGCAGGCUACCUUGCCACAGGAAAGCCUGAAAGACAACUGCGUGCUCAGUGGUCAGGAGUUUAAGAAUCAAAAGCGCCGGAAGAUUUCCAAGAAAGAGCCACCAAUCAUCAUAAAGUACAUAAUAAUCAACAGAUUCAAAGGUCAGAAGAACAUGUUGGUUAAAAUGGCUAAAGUGAACGCAGAAGAGCAGCAUGUGAUCUUGACCCCAGAUAAAUUGGAACAAUACAACAGACUGGCCCCUUUAAAAGUCUUCUGGCCCAAGGUUCCAGAGUCAACUGCAGUUAAGUUUCCACCCUUGGAACAAAAGUUAAAGAAACCCACAAAAAAGAAGGCCAAAAUGAACCCCACCACAAAGAAAGCUAACCUUUCUGCACCUCCAAAAUCCAGAAGCAAGCCAGUUGUCAAAGCUCAGAAUGUCAAAAAUGCAUUACCUUUACCCAGUCUGUCCGCUCCUUGGCCUUGUUACAAUGAUCUCACGGAUGACUACUCAACAGAGUAUUCAGAUGUGAUGGUAGAGUUAGGUUAUCUGUCUGACAGGGCCCCUAGUCCCACAGACUCAACACCACCACGUUGUUGGUCCCCCUCUGACCCCAUCUUGGAAUCAACCGUCAGUGAUCACUUAAUCAAUCCGUUCAAUGAUCCCUGUCUAGGCUCCCCUUAUCAAGACACCACCUCAGAUUCGCAAGGCAGAGGGUCUCAGCGCAGAAGUCGUACAACUAAGCCCAGGAAGAUGGCUACUGGAAGUCCAAGAAGAAAGACUAAGGCCACAAAGCAAUCAGACCCUCAACCUGCCAAAGAGAACAUAAAGCAGGUCAGCACUCAAGGUGCUGUGAGGAAACAAAAGAAAGAUCUCGAGAUGACCCUUGUAUGUGGGCAGGAUGGUUCUUCAAGUAAAAAUACCAGAAAGCCUCGUAAAAAGAAACAGGUGAAUGAAACAGAAACCUCCAUUGCCAGGAAUUGUGAAGAUCAGGAGGGCACUCUGCCUGCCUCGGAACCCUCAUCAACUGAGGGCUCCUCCCUUCAGACGUCAGUAGCGAAGCAGGGUGACGAUACUUCAGUUGUUGUUAGGGAGUCGAGAACUCAGACUGUUACAACUUUAGUUGAACCAAAGACAGAGAAGAGUGAAAUCAACAUCAGUGAGCCAUACCAAAGCAUAGCACUUGAUCUCAAAACUGAGCUGGGUGGUGAGGCCAGUACACCAGCUGAUCAGUCAGACAAAUGCAGCCAGAGUUCCUCAACACAGUUUGAAAUCUCCCCAUUUCAAAGGAGCAUCUCCUCUCCAGCCUCUGGAAGUAUUGGAUAUCCUUGCUCAGUUAUCACAUAUAGUAGAUCUAUGUCACAGACUUCAAACCAUAAGUCUGAGUCUGUGCCCAGUCCAUCAAAUCCCUAUGAAUUCAAAAGUGAACCCUCUGACCUUGAGGAGAGUCCAGACUCUACACAGGUGCCAGAGGUUGCUCUUAAGGCUGCAGCUAGGGCAAGAAGGCGCACUUCAAAGAAGAAGGAAAAGAGUGAAGAAGCAAGCACUCAGUCUGAAGCUUUUCAGAUUAAAUCCAAGCCUGCACUUACAAGUGGUCAUGAAUCGGUACCCAAAGAUGAAAAACCCCAUACAGGCCCAAGGAAUGGAGCGACCACUUUAACAAAUGAAAUGCCUUCAGGACUUGCUGUUUUGAAGGAGCUUCUACAGAAAAGACAGAGAUUGGGACUGAGCCAAGAAGUCCGAGCUGCCUCACAGACUCAAAAUGCCACUGCAUCAGCUGAUACUGCCACAAGUUCUGAGAACAAGUCAACAAAAACCAAGAGGGCCCCAUCCACCACUACACGAAAGCCAAGGGCACCAAGAAACCAAACUCCAAAGGAGAAAAAACCAAGGAACAGGAAAAACCAAAAUUGCAAGCAGGAAAACCCCAAGCUUGAGCCUCCUUUGUCAGAUGAUAGCCCAACGUUCCUGGCAGAUGCUGGUUUCGACAGCUGCUAUUCAAUUGAAGACAGUUUAUCACCAGAACUCCCUCAUAACUACAACUUUGACAUAAAUGCCAUUGGCCAAACUGGGUUUUCCGGUCUCUACUUGGGCAGUCAGUUUGUGGUUGCUGACAAGAUUCUCCCACAGAAGUUUCUGAGUGAUUUUAACCAGGAAGCAAUCUCGGCUCUAAACAUUGGACUGAAAAGCACUAAGGAGAGGACACUGUCAGGUGAAGAACGUAAGCCUUCGUCAGGACCUACCAGUCCCGACCUAUUUGACAAGACAUCAUGUGAAAACAAUUUAUCUUUGUCUGUGCUUGAGUCUGAUAGGAGGGGAAGAGAUUGGGCAUCAUUGGGGAAACAUCACAGUCUUAGUCCUUUUCAAGACUUCCACUGUGAGAAGAGAGACUUCCUCUUUUCUCUGGACUCUUUCCUGCCUUUAACCUCAACUUCGUUUGCUGAUAAUGGUGCAUCCCCAGUGGGAGAUGUGAUGGAUGGAAACGACAUCAUGACCUCAACCACACCCAGCAGCUCUCCACGUUCUGUUAGUUCACUUUCACAAAUGAGGUCUUGCAGCCAGUCCCUUAAGGGCGCAGGAGGAGCCCACAUCCUCAAACCUCUCAUGUCUCCCCCGAGCCGAGAGGAGAUUGUCAGCACCCUCCUCACUCUAGACCUCUCGGAGGCGACCUACCAGGAGCCAUUCUGCAGUGAUCCAUCUGACGCUCCUCUAAAACCCAGGGAAAUCAGUGGACGCAAGCUGACAAUUGAGACCAGGUUAGCAAACGAGCUGAAUGAGUUCAAUGGGGAUUUGUCUUUAGAGGGUCUUCAAUUUUGGAAGGCUGCUUUCGUUGCAAUGACGAAACCAGGAUCCUCAUCCACACACGGACCUGACACUUCAGAGGCCACCGAGGACCAUAAAGAACGCAGUCCGUCUACUGGUGAUCAGAAAGUCAUCCUGCUGCCCUGCAGAAGUGCGCCAAGCCGAGAGCGAGUACAGAUAUGGCUGCAAGCAAGGAAACAGUUUGAGCAGCUUCAGAGACAAAGGAGGGCCACAGUAGCCCAGGAGAUGACAGAGUUGACAAGGGAAAGAAAUCAGCCAUUGGUAGUAGGUGUGCUGAGUUGUGGGGCUAAUCCUGAAAAAGAUCAAAACAGGAUUGAGAGGACCUCCUCACUGCGGGUUAUCAGAAAAAGAGGUUUAAAUCUGUCCAUCCGUAAAAGCCAGCCUGAUUUAGUGGUGUCUGGAAGCUCCCCCAAGGACAUGAAAUCAGAGAGGGACAGCGGUUCAAAGGAUGGCUAUUAUUAUGAUGAUGAUGAUAAAGAUGGUGAUUGUGACUCCUCUGAGCAGUCCAUAUCUCCGGACUCUCCUGUGUUGCCACCAUGGCAACGUACAAUUCUGCCGAGCUCUACUCCCAGGGAUUAUGACACGGAGCAAAGGAAAAUAACAAGGGUGUUGUCAUCUCCCAGCCCUGGUGGCUUUCAUGAUGAAGACGCCACCUCUCCUGAAAACAGACCCCAGAAAGAGUUUCUCUCUCCCUCUCCAUUACCCAUCAAGCCCAUGGAUGAGGACUUCCCCAGUCCUUACGUCCUGCACAGUACACCAGUUGUCAGCCGAAGAAGGAGAAGCAGAGCAGAGUCACUAUCUACAAGUACCAGCAGUCUGCCCAUGACUGAAGAAGCGGAGCCCGAAUUUCAGAAACUACAGCAGAGGAGAGGAAGCCAUACAGAUGCAUUAAGGAGAGUGCUCCUGACCACUCAGAUGAAGAAUCAGUUCACAGCUAUGAAUGUCGUAAAGAAAGACAACUCUCAGAUAGAGGGGCCGUCCAUCUGCAACUCUUACGGCUUCAAGGUCAGCAUGCAGAAUCUGCAGGAGGCCAAAGCACUGCAUGAGGUGCAGUACUUGACCUUGAUGAGUAUGGAACUUCAUGCACGGACACGCCGGGACUUGGAGCCAGACCCAGAGUUCGACCCCAUAUGUGCCUUAUUCUACAGCUUCAGCUCAGACGCCCCCCUGCCUGAUUCUGACAAGAUGCAGAUAACAGGUGCCAUCGUGGUGGACAAAGACUGCCAUUCCCAGGAGCAAGGCUCAAGAACUACAGCACCCCUGCUGGUUCGAUCAGGCGUUUCAGGAUUGCAGGUCACUUAUGCCUCAGACGAGAAGGAGCUCUUCAAGGAAGUCGCCAGAAUUAUUCUGAAGUAUGACCCAGACAUCUUAGUAGGGUAUGAGGUGCAGAUGCAUUCCUGGGGUUACCUCUUCCAGCGGGCAUCAACACUGGGGGUGGACCUGUGCCAGAAGCUCUCACGGGUGCCAGAUGAUGCGAAGGAAAACCGCUUCGCUGCAGAGAAGGACGAGUAUGGUGCCGACACCAUGUCGGAGAUCCAUAUUGUGGGUCGCAUUGUCCUCAACCUCUGGAGAGUGAUGAAAACAGAGGCGGCACUGACCAGCUACAGCUUUGAGAACGUGGCCUUUCAUAUUCUGCACCAGCGCUUUCCUUUCUUCAGCCACCGUACCCUCUCUGACUGGUUUGACCACAACACUGACCUCUACAGAUGGAAAGUGGUGGACCACUAUGUGAGUCGUGUGUGCGGCUGCACGCAGAUGCUGCAGCAGCAAGACCUCAUUGGCAGGACCAGUGAGCUUGCACGAGUCUUCGGCAUCCAGUUCUACCACGUUCUGACCAGAGGCUCGCAGUACCGCGUGGAGUCGAUGAUGCUGCGGAUCGCCAAGCCCAUGAACUACAUCCCCGUGACGCCCAGCCCGCAGCAGAGGGCGCAGCAGAAGGCGCCGCAGUGCAUCCCGCUGGUGAUGGAGCCUGAAUCACGCUUCUACAGCAACUCCGUGGUGGUGCUGGACUUCCAGUCGCUCUACCCCUCCAUCGUCAUCGCCUACAACUACUGCUACUCCACCUGCCUCGGCCACGUGGAGAGCCUCGGGACACAUGAUGAGUUCAAGUUUGGCUGCAGUUCUCUUCACGUCCCCCCCGAUCUCCUCUAUGAGCUCCGCAAUGACAUCACGGUGUCGUCCAACGGCGUUGCUUUUGUAAAGCCCUCUGUGCGUAAGGGUGUGCUGCCCAGCAUGCUGGAGGAGAUCCUGAACACCAGAAUCAUGGUGAAGCAGUCCAUGAAGGCCGCCAAAGGCGACCGUGCCCUCAUGCGCCUGCUACACGCCCGGCAGCUGGGCCUCAAGCUCAUCGCCAACGUCACCUUUGGCUACACGGCCGCCAACUUCUCCGGCAGGAUGCCCAGUGUUGAGGUGGGUGACAGCAUUGUGCACAAGGCCAGGGAGACAUUGGAGAGGGCAAUCAAGCUGGUCAAUGACACUAAGAAGUGGGGGGCCCGUGUCGUCUAUGGGGAUACGGACAGCAUGUUUGUCCUCCUGAAGGGAGCCACCAAAGAGCAGGCGUUCAAAAUUGGCAAUGAGAUUGCAGAGGCAGUGACUGCCACCAACCCCAAACCAGUCAAGCUCAAGUUUGAGAAGGUUUACCUCCCCUGCGUUCUCCAGACCAAGAAGCGCUAUGUGGGCUACAUGUAUGAGAGCCUGGACCAGAAAGACCCCGUGCUCGACGCCAAGGGAAUCGAGACGGUUCGCCGAGACGGCUGCCCGGCUGUUGCCAAGAUUCUUGAGCGCUCCAUCAAGCUGCUGUUUGAGACGCGUGACAUCAGCCAGGUGAAGAUGUAUGUGCAGCGACAGUGCGUGAAGAUCCUGGAGGCCAAGGCCAGCAUGCAGGACCUGACCUUCGGCAAGGAGUUCAGAGGCAGCGGCUCCUACAGACCUGGAGCCUGUGUGCCCGCGCUGGAGCUCACCAGGCGGAUGAUGGCACAUGACAGGCGCCUGGAGCCGCGGGUGGGUGAGCGGGUGCCCUACGUGAUUGUCUAUGGCGUGCCCGGCGUACCCCUCAUCCAGCUGGUCCGGCGCCCCCUGGAGGUGCUGCAGGACCCCAGCCUUCGCCUCAAUGCCACCUACUACAUCAGCAAGCAGAUCCUGCCGCCGCUGUCACGCAUCUUCACGCUCAUCGGAGUGGACGUCUUCAGCUGGUACCAGGAGCUGCCCAGGGUUCAGAAGGCCUGGUGCUCUGCGCCCGGAGGGGGAGCUGGCCGUGAGGAGACGGGCAGGAAGGGCACCAUCUCCCAGUACUUCACCACGCUGCACUGCCCCGUGUGUGACGAGCUGACGCAGCUGGGCGUGUGUGAGCGCUGCAGGGCCGAGCCCCAGCGUGUGGCCGUCACCCUGCACCAGGAGCUGCGGCUGUGGGAGAGCCAACAGGACCAGCUGCUCAAGAUUUGCAGGAACUGCAGUGGAAGUGGCGAGCGCCAGGUCCCUUGUGUGUCCCUCGACUGUCCAGUCCUCUACAAGCUGUCUCGGGUCACCCGUCAGCUGUCCAAGGGCCCGUACCUGCACCAGCUCCUGGAGCAGUUCUGAGCGGCCCAAUCGCACAUCUUCUUUUGGUGCUAAUUGCUGUUUUAAGUCAGUGUUUCAAGUCUCUUGUGGACUUUUUUUUUUUUUUUUGUAAGUGGUGCUUUCAUUGGACUCCUCUGGAGUUGCACUGUGUUUGCUUCAUGUCAACAUGAGUAUUUCGGCACCCUCAGGCUGGCUCUGGCUCCAGCCGAUGUGGGGUGGGGAUCGGGCGUCUCAUUGUCUUUUCAUUUGACUGGCAUCAUUGGCGUCUGGUUUUUCUUUUUUUCUUGUUCUUGUGUUUCUAAUAAAGAGAAAUGACACUGAAUGUGGCCUGAGGAGAACUCACUUUUUUCCAGUUAACUUCAUAUGCGCUGUAGCAGGUUGCAAAACCGAAGACACUAAUGACCUCGAUGGAAUUCGGUCUCACACCAGGGUCAUGCGAAUCAACCACUGUCAGACAUCAACUCCUUUUAUCUGUUUUUAUAUAACAGUACAAUAUUUUGUAAAUAAGCCUUGUAUAGGUCAAAUUUGAAGUAUCAAUGUGCAUUACAUUCUUUUUCUCACUUUUAAAACAUAUUAAAAAUGGUCAUGGUGGUGGAAAUCCAUUGGUGUUCUUUCAAGUCAUUCUGUUUUCAGAGUGCCAUGUGUGUGCAUUGUACCCAAGCCUUGAAAAGGCUGGAUUUUAUUUAUGUACAUUUUCGUGCAGAGGAUAGUCUUGAAACUCUGACAUAUUGGCUCUUGUCAGGAAAAAAAAGAUAGUCAGAGAUCCUAACCUCUGGGACUGUUGCAAUACAUUCUUUUGAUAAUUUAUGGUGAGAGUAUAUAUUGGUUCUUUGUGCAUAUUUGUUUUUUACACAUAUUUCUAAUGCUUUCUCUAUGCUAAACCAUAUAUGUUAUCUACCUAUGUAAAGACUGAUCUUUUCUGAUUCCAGAAUGAUUGUACGCAAGGCUUGUGUAUAUGUACAAAAAAAGUGUGUUUUUUUUUUCUUCUUUGUUUUGUUUUUAUUGGACCUUUCUGUGGGUGGUGGUGGUGAAAGAUUGGUAUAAUAAAACUUCAAUGUACAAA